AUGGGUUCACACUGUGUUUCUGUCAUUCAAAAUCACAUCACACACCUGGUCGAUAACCUGUGGAAGGCUGGAAAACUGCAACAUGUCGGAAUUCAGUUUAUCCGCUUCGGCGAUGACCCGAUCGGUAAACAGCGCCUCGAAUAUCUCGACAACGAUAAUCUGAAGCACUAUGAGGUCCCCGGGGACAUUGUCGACACGGAACCGUCCACUGGCAAUGUUUUCAAAAUGCUUCUUGCGAGCACAGAUCCUUCCUGGGACAACGACGACGAAGCGCCCAGCGGCUGA